UGGAGGGGGAAGGGAGGACGAUCCCCCACCAAGAGGAGCAGGAGAGCCCUCCCCGCUGGCUGGAACGGAGCCUGGACCUCGUGACACCGCGGGGACGGCGACUCGCGUUGGAAACGUUGGCCCCCUGAUCUUCCGGAGGCCUGUGUCCUUCGCUUUUUUAGCGCCGCCAGCCUGGGGCCACAGAGUGACAGGUGCUGGUGUUCUUCAGCCCGUGGCCAAGUUGCUGGUAACCAGCCCUGGAAUCCCUCUUGGUCAGCUGCCCCAAGGUCCCUGAUCAUGUUGAAGAAGGAGUCUUGGCCCCAUGCAUGGAAAGUUUAUGCUGUGCUUCGGAGAACAGGAGUGAUUUCAUUCUGAAAACUAAGCGUCCUUAUAGGCAGGUCUGGACAACUAGUCUGAGUACAAAUGAACAUGUAGAAAAUUCUCCAUUCCUCUUCAGAAAAAAAGACACAGGAUUGUUUAAGCAACCUGGAGCUGCUGACUGCUUCCCUUAUUCUGGCUUGUUGGGAGGAUAAAUGGCAAGCAAAAAGCGAGGCGAAGUGCAGUUACAGACUGUCAUCAACAAUCAAAGCCUAUGGGAAGAGAUGCUUCAGAACAAAGGAUUAACAGUGAUUGAUGUUUACCAAGCCUGGUGUGGACCCUGCAAAGCCAUGCAGCCUUUGUUCAGAAAACUGAAAAAUGAAAUAAACGAAGAAGAAAUUCUGCAUUUUGUUGUUGCAGAAGCUGACAAUAUUGUGACUUUGCAGUCAUUUAGAGACAAAUGUGAACCUGUUUUUCUCUUUAGUGUUAAUGGCAAAAUUAUUGCAAAGAUUCAGGGUGCAAAUGCACCGCUAGUUAAUAAAAAAAUUAUUGCCUUGGUCAAUGAAGAGAAGAAGAUCGCAGCAGGUGAAAUGGUUCGCCCUGAGUACCCUGAUAUUCUGCUCAUGGAGUUAGAAAAGGCUAGGAAAAAAAUUGAAAGGGAAAAUCAUAGUAUUGUUAUUAUCAAGCCGGAUGCUGUGCUUAAAAGGAAGGCUCAAGAAAUUAAAGAAAAAAUCACCACAGCAGGAUUUGUCAUAGAAGCUGAAGAAAAGACCAUGCUCACGAAAAAACAAGUGAGGGACUUCUACAGUCAGAUGGAAGACCAGCCUGACUUUGAAGAGUUUUUGUCUUUUAUGACAACUAGUCUAAGCCAUGUGCUAAUUAUAGCUCAAGGAAAAGAAUGGGAUCAGUUAGAAGAAAAUGAGACAGAAUUCAAAGAAACAUCUGAACUUCCAACUGAGAGUGACGUCAAAAAGUGGGACAGUUUGCAAGAGUAUCUGGAACAACAACGUAUAUCUCAAUUUUGUGAUGUUGAAGAUGAUGCAGCUAUUGUGACUAAGUUCACUGAUGUCUUCUUCCCUGAUUUUAAAAUAACCAAGGGCAAGAAAUUGCAAAAGACACUGGCAUUACUGAGACCAGAUCUCCUUGAAAAGCAAAAUGAGGUUUUAAACAUUAUUAAAGGUGAAGGCUUUGAAAUUCUCAUGGAAAGACAAAUAGUAUUAUCAGAAGAAGAAGCAAAAAUGCUGUGUAAAGAAUAUGAAAAUGAAAGCUAUUUUGAGGCACUUAUAGAAAAGAUGACCAGGAGUCCAUCUCUUGCUCUUGUUUUAUUAAGAGAGAAUUGUGUGCAAUACUGGAAAGAGUUACUGGGACCACGGACUGUUGAGGAAGUCACUGAAUAUCAUGGAGAGAGUUUAUGUGCACAGUUUGCAAUGGGAAGUUUGCCUAUCAACCAAUUGUAUGGAAGUGAUUCAACAGAGGCUGCUGAAAGGGACAUACAGUAUUUCUUUCCUCCUGAGAACAUUUUGGCGUUGAUUAAACCUCAUGUGACUCAUGAACAAAGAGCGGAGAUCAUGAAGCUCAUCAAGGAGGAGGGGUUUGAGCUGACUCAGAUGAAGGACAUGCUCCUCACUCCUGGGCAGGUGGAGAAGAUUUAUUUCCAAAUAACAAAGAAAGACUUCUACAAAGACGUUGUAGAAGUAUUGUCUGAGGGUCCAUCUUUGGUCAUGGUUCUGACCAAGUGGAAUGCUAUUAUAGACUGGAGAAGAUUGAUGGGUCCAGUAGACCCAGAAGAAGCGAAACUCCACCCAGACUCCAUCCGAGCCCGAUUUGGAAUAAGCAUCUUGAAAAACGCUGUCCAUGGAUCAACUAAUCAUUACACAGUAAGAGUGAACAUCAACGAGUUGUUUGAAGAGGAUGCAGGGGAACAGUAAGAACAUUGGGAAGAUAAAGCAUAAAGUCCCCACAACAUAUAAUCGUAUGGCACAGCCUCCAGGGAGGAAGAAUAAGACAUUCUUUGGAGGAGAACUCAUCUCAGCAUGAAUAAGUGGACGAUAAAGCACAAUAACAAUAAAAAUUGUAAGGCAUGGACAAAUAUCGAUGAGUAUUUGUACCCUGACUUUGACA